AUGGCGGCGGAACAACGGAAACUGCUCGAGCAGCUGAUGGGAGCGGACCAGCUCAUCGGCCUCGGCGCGAAUUCUCGAAAUGCUCAGCUCUCCAUCACAGACUCCAAAGUCUGUCGUUCAUAUCUGGUCGGCACGUGUCCGCAUGACCUCUUCACCAACACCAAGCAAGAUCUCGGCCCGUGUCCCAAGGUGCAUAGCGAGGGCCUGAAAACGGAGUACGAGACGGCGUCGGCGGCUGAGAAGGCCAAGUGGGGGUUCGACUAUGACUAUAUGCGCGAUAUGCAGAAGUACAUUGACGACUGUGAUCGGCGCAUUGAGUCCGCGCAGCGUCGGUUGGAGAAGACGCCGGAUGAGAUCCGGCAGACGAAUAAUUUGCUCAAACAAAUCGCCGACCUCGCCAACACAAUCAAUAGCGGACUCCUGGAGAUCUCCAUCCUCGGCGAAACCGGCUCCGUCGCACAGGCCCUUAACGAGCUGCACAAAGUGCGCACCGCGAAGCAGCAGAAGGAGUCCUGCGAGCGCGAGCUCAAAAACCUCCAAGACACCUCCGGCCCGUCCGGCCACCAGAAGCUGCAGGUCUGCGACGUCUGCGGCGCGUACCUCAGCCGUCUCGACAACGACCGCCGUCUCGCGGACCACUUCUUCGGCAAGAUGCACAUGGGAUACUCUGAUAUGCGCAAGGGGUUCAAGAAGCUCAGCGAGGAGCUCAAGGGUCGGCCGCCGCCGGUGCGCCACCACGAUGAUGACGAUGGGCCUGGUGGUGGUGGUGGUUGGGGCGGGGGUGGUCGCUCUGGGGGUGGGCGCGGUCCGCGGUAUGGUGGAGGAGGUGGUGGUGGAAAGAACGGAGUAGCGGAGUGA